GCUUACAACUUUUUUGUAUGUGGCUGGGUAAAGGACCUCGGGAUCAAGUCACUGCUGAAUGAAUCCUGUAUUGUUUUUCCCCGUGUUCCACACCAGCUGCUGUAAAAAAGUUGAACAAUGGACGGGUUCCUAAAAUGCUCACGCUGACAGUUUAAUCUAAUCUGAUUAAACAAAAAAAGCAUUGUGGGAAACAGACAGGAAGUGGGAGGAGCUUCAUCUCAUUACCUCUCCAUCCUAAACGAAGCCACUUGUGUAGCUCUGAUCGACAUCAGGGCGGUUCGUUGUUACUAUGGCAACCAACAGGGAGCGGCCUAUGGGUCACAUGACUGGAUUUUAUCCAUUUGCCUUCAAUCCGAUGCGGAGCCACACCCCCUUUGAUCUCCUGGCCAGUGGGAGACUGUUUGGACGUUAUGGUGCAGAUCUUCCCAAAGAGAUGGCGGCGCUGUCGGUGGAGACCCGGAGUACGAGUUCGGAGGAGAUGAUUCCGAGUUCUCCGUCUCCUCCUCCUCCUCCUCGAGUGUAUAAGCCGUGUUUUGUUUGUCAGGAUAAAUCUUCAGGAUAUCACUACGGAGUCAGUUCCUGUGAGGGCUGCAAGGGAUUUUUUCGGCGCAGUAUUCAGAAGAACAUGGUCUACACCUGCCACAGAGACAAAAACUGCCAGAUCAACAAGGUGACGAGGAACCGCUGUCAGUACUGUCGCUUACAGAAGUGCUUUGAGGUGGGAAUGUCGAAGGAAGCGGUGAGGAAUGACAGGAAUAAGAAGAAGAAGGAUGUGAAGGAGGAAGUGGUUUUGCCAGAAAGCUAUGAGCUGAGUGGAGAGCUGGAGGAGUUGGUGAAUAAAGUCAGUAAAGCUCACAGAGAAACAUUUCCCUCCCUGUGUCAACUGGGAAAAUACACUACUAACUCGAGUGCAGAUCACAGGGUUCAGCUGGAUUUGGGUUUGUGGGAUAAAUUCAGUGAACUCUCCACAAAGUGCAUCAUUAAAAUCGUGGAAUUCGCCAAACGUUUGCCGGGUUUCACUUCACUUACCAUCGCAGACCAGAUCACACUGCUCAAAUCUGCCUGCCUCGACAUCCUGAUGUUGAGGAUUUGUACCCGUUACACUCCUGAGCAGGACACCAUGACCUUCUCGGACGGUUUGACUCUGAACAGAACUCAGAUGCACAACGCUGGAUUCGGCCCUCUGACUGAUCUCGUCUUCUCCUUUGCUGAUCAGCUGCUUCCUCUGGAGAUGGACGACACUGAGACUGGACUCCUGAGCGCCAUCUGCCUCAUCUGUGGCGAUCGUAUGGAUUUGGAGGAGCCUCAGCGAGUGGAUCGAUUGCAGGAGCCUCUACUGGAGGCCUUAAAGAUCUAUGCCAGAAGGCGACGCCCUAAUAAACCGCACAUGUUCCCUCGAAUGCUGAUGAAGGUCACUGACCUGCGGGGAAUCAGCACUAAAGGUGCAGAACGGGCGAUCACACUAAAGAUGGAGAUUCCCGGCCCGAUGCCGCCACUCAUCCGUGAGAUGCUGGAGAACCCGGAGGUUUACGAGGAGAGUCUUCCUCCUCCCGCCAUCCAGGCCAUUAAACGAGAGAGGGAUGAAGACUCCGCCCCUGAGGAAGAGGAGGAUGAGGAAGAUGAGUGUGCAGAGGAGGAGAGGGAGAGAGGAGGAGACAGCGAGGAUGAUGAAGAGUGGAGCAUCCUGCAGGUGGAUGUGGAGGAGAAGAAGAAGAACACGACGGCGAGAGCGCAGUGACAUGAUCGAAGCCUGGAUUUUCCUUACACACACACACACACACACACACACACACACACACACACACACACACACACACACAGAGUCAGGCCCAAAUGUCUGAGUGCACUAGCAAUAAUUAUUUCAGCAGUUAUUAAACUCUAAUCACACAUUUCCCCUCAGAUUAGCCUCAGUAAUUAUAAUAUAAAGAUAAUGUAGCGAGCGCGAGCAGUGAAUUUAUGAAUAUAACAUAAAAAUCCUCUCAGAAAUCCUGUCAUUAGCUCAUGUUAGCCAGCUAGCUAGCAUUAACAGUACCUAUGUCUGAAUAGGAAAAAAAAAAAUCCCCUCAGAAAUCCUACCAAGCUGGUCAUGUUAGCUAGCUUAUUAGCAUCAACAUUGAUUAUUAGACAUUUAACCAUCAUGUUAGCCUGCUGGCUAGUGUUAGCAAUGAAUUAUUCAUGACUUAAAAUUCCCUCAGCAGGUGAAAAUGAAAUAUUUAUGAAUAUGACUUCAAAAUCAUUUUAGAAAGCUUCUCAGGUUAGCUAAUGUUAGUUAUCCAGCUAGCAUUAACAGGGAAAAACAUGAAUGAAUAUGACUUGAAAUUCCUCUGAAAAAUCCUGUCCGAUUGCUCAUUAGCCAGCUAGCAUUAGAAGUAAAAAUUUUAAACAUGUAUGAAUAAGACAGAAAUCCCCUCAGCUGUUAAUGUUAGCUCGCCUGUUAGCAUCAACAGUGAUGGCGAGAGACAUUUCCUCUCAGAGGUCUUGUCAGGUUAGCCAACUAGCUAGCAUUUGCAGUCAAGAUGGUAAACAUUUAUGAGCAUUACAAAGUUUAACUCAGAAAUCCUGUCAGAUUAGCAUAUGCUGGCUCAUUAGGCUAAUACUAUGAUUGUGAACAUUUAUGGUCUAAAAAUUCUUUCAGAAAUCAUUUCAAGUUGAUUGUAGUUAACUGGUUAGCUCCUGUUAGCAGUAAAGAUUGUAAGGUUUUGUGUAUAUGGCAAAAAUCCUCAGAAAUUCUGACAAGUUGGUUAAUAUUCACUAGCUCAUUAGCAGUGAUGAGUAUGAUGGAUAUUUUCAGAAAUCCUGUCAGGUUAGCUCAUUUUAGCCAAUUCAUUAUUGUUAGCAACAUUAUGAAUUCAAAACCUGUCAGAAAUCCCAUCAGGUUAGCUCAUAUUCGCUAACAGAAAACAAUCUAAACAUAAUAUCAGGUGAAGAUGAUAUAGUUCUCUCCUGUCAGAAGUCCUGUCAGAUUUGACCAUAUUAGCCAACUAGCUAGCAUUGUGAAAAGUUAUUAAUGAUUAAUUUCCUCUCCUGUUAGUUAAUGUGUGCAGUUUUCAUUAACAAUGAAGAUGAUAAUUUAUGAACUUGAACUAUUAUGAAUAUUAUGAAAUCACCCUCAGAAAUCUGGUUAGCAUUAGCAGGGCUAAUAUCCUGUCAGAAAUUCUGUCAGGUUAGCUCAUAUUAGCUAUAACAAACAUUAGCAGUAAAGAUGAUAAACAUUUUUGAAAGUGAUUUUCUGAAAUCCUGUUAGGUUAGACCAUGUUAGCAAGCGAGCUAGUAUUAGCAUCAUACUCAGUCACAGAAUGUCACGGGACAUUAAUUAUUUUAGAUUUAGCUAUAUGAGGGAAAAAACAGUCAUUUUUCAAGAUGGUGGACUGAAAAAAAAACGAAAUGAAAGAAUGAGACAGAAAAGAUGCUUUAGUUCUUUAAAAAAUGAACUGUAUCCUUUUGUCUGAGAGAAACAAAAACAAAGAAUGUCAGAAGUUUCCACCAUCAUUCUGAUGUGAUCAUAAAAAUAUUGAAAUUCAGAAUUAAGAAAGAAAGAAAUUCCUCACAUUGUGACAGAAACGCAUUCACAGCUAACAAUGAAUAUUCAUUCUAAAAUCUACAAUCCAGGAGUUAUAAAAGCACGGAUGAAGAGUUUUUUUCACCUGAUAUUAUUCCAUCUUAUCAAAGAUUAGCAGCUUGUUUUCUUUUACGCCUGAAUUUAAAUUUUAUACCUGAAAGCGUGUCGUGUUUUAGGCUUCACUGAGCAUUCACAGUGGAAAUGUAGAGCAGUGAAAAAUUAGGUUUAUUUUUGGGGAAAGUCAAGUUUUAUACCAAAACUAAGUCUUUUUGAAAUUCUUUUUGAUUAUCCUUUUUUUUCCCUUAGCAACGCACCUCAUUUAAAAUUUUUUUUUUUAAUACUGUGACAUUUAUUAUAAAAUAGCAAAAAAUUUAACCUGAGCAUAUUUUCAAACUGGAAAAGAAUUCUUACUAUUUUUUUUCAUGAGUAAAAAUAAAACAAACCAAAACCAAAAAGGAUCUUAAUGAGAAUGUAUAAAUUGUUUAUGUAUGAAUAUUAAUGACGUUAGGACACUCAGGGCACUAAAAGGACCAAAUAUGACACCAGAUCCAGAUACACAUACAUUUUUUCAAAAGCUGCCAAAGAUGUUCAUUAAACAGAUAUAAGAAAAAUGUUUCAGUUUCAGUCGUUUCAGUUUUAAAAGAACAUAUUUAUAACGCUGAUAAUAAUCCAAAGCCAUAUAAAUGAGCAAACGUUGAUAUUUUGUGGAAGUGAAAUUUAUUAUACAAUGCUUUUACUUGUGAAAUAAUAAAACACACGGUGCCGUAGUGGAUCAUUUCACAGGUUUGCAUCAAAUCAAACAUGAUAAACAUUUUAUUAGCCAUAGGAUCGUCAGUAUUUGCUGUUAGCGAUUUAUUUGCUAACUUUUUCAUGCUAAAUCCUUCUGACAUUGUUAUCAAUGUACUUCUGGGUUUGUUUUGUUUUGUUUUAUUCUCUGGCUAAAUCCACUCUAUGUUUGCUUAUCUGGUUAUACCGUAUAUGUGCUAUAUUUGUUUGUCGCUUUUUUUUUGCUCAAUCCAUCCUACAGUGUUCACGACACUCUGUAAGUGCUCAGUAAAUUCGCAGUGUUCAUCGCAGUUUAUUCUGUAUGCACUGAUAUCCGGGGUUCUGACAGGGUAAUCAUGGCCUGCGAUUUCCGCACACAAUGCUGUUAGCUGCAGAAAACGAUGUACGCUGCUAAUCCAUCCUGCGCGUGCUGCAGCUAAAAGACAGCGAUGUGUCAGUAAUAUUGUGAUGUAGCUCUCAUCUAGACUCAAUCAGAACUUUGUACUUUUUGUAUCAAAGCCAUAUCUAGACUUUUUUCUGUUUGUAUAUUUGUGUGUGCUAACACGUUUAACCCUCUGAGUAUUUUUGUCAUUUAUAAAUGAUAAAAUAAGAUCUAACAA